ACCUUCGUUCGGAAGGAAGAAUCUCUCCUUCUCUCUCUCUCAUUCUCUGUGCUCAAAUUUCACACUUCUCUCUACCUGUUCACAACUUUUCUUCUUCGCCAAAACAAUCGAAGCUCAUCUCUAACUCUCUCUCUGUUACCCAACAAUUCUUCUUCUUCUGAGUGAUGGGUGUGAGCUGCUGCAGGUGCUCCCACACUUCCCACAUCACAGAGAUCAUCAUCACCAGCUUCUUUCGCCACAAAUCCUAAAAUAAUAUUUUUGAUUUUUAGAAAACGGAGAUUAUACAUCUUCGAAUCUGGGUCUUUUGAUUAUUUGCUGAGGGCCGUACUGGCAGAGUAAAAAACCUGUAUUGGCAGGAAAACUUCUAUAAAAAAGAAAAAAAAAAAAAAAAAAAGAGCAUGGCAGCUGCUGGUGGUGGUGGUAGUUCUGGUUCGAAUUUUUCUGUUUUGCUCCAAAGCCAACGUAGCCCUUGUGCUACUUCUCAGCCUCUUGAUGCCUUUUUCUUUACUGGGUCUUCUCCUUCCUUCCAAGGCUCAAGAUCCAUGGUGAGCUUUGAGGAUGUUCAUCAAGUAAAUGGAUCAACCCGGCCUUUUUUCCGCUCAUUUGAUCACGAAGAGAAUGGUGAUGAGGAAUUGGAUGAGUAUUUUCAUCAACGUGAGAAGAAGAGGAGACUUUCUGUUGAUCAAGUACAUUUUCUUGAAAAAAGUUUUGAGGUUGAGAACAAGCUCGAACCUGAAAGGAAAAUCCAGCUUGCAAAGGACCUUGGUCUCCAGCCUAGGCAGGUUGCCAUAUGGUUUCAAAACCGCCGAGCAAGAUGGAAGACAAAACAGCUGGAGAAGGAUUAUGAGGCAUUGCAGACUAGCUAUAAUAGCCUUAAGGCUGACUAUGAUACGCUCCUCAAGGAGAAAGAUAAACUAAAAGCUGAGGUUAGUCUCGUCACAGACAAGCUCCUUCUCAGAGAGAAGGGAAAUUUAGAAUUGUCUGAUAAAGACGCAUUAUCCCAGGAACCCAAAAAGCCAAUUGGUGAUUCAACUUCUGAGGGUGAAGUAUCAAAAGUUUCAAUUGGAGCCUGUAAACAAGAAGAUAUUAGCUCAGCCAAAAGCGAUAUAUUUGAUUCAGACAGUCCACAUUAUACUGAUGGGGUUCACUCUUCACUCUUAGAGGCCUGUGAUUCUUCAUAUGUUUUUGAACCAGACCAAUCUGAUUUAUCCCAAGAUGAAGAAGAUAAUUUAAGCAAGAGUCUAUGGCCUCCAUAUGUCUUUCCAAAGCUCGAAGAUGCUGAUUACUCUGAACCGCCUGCCAGUUUUGAAGAUCAAUCCUUCUGGUGCUGGUCAUACUAAAUUAUUCCUGGUAUAUGUGUAUCUUUGUUGUUUGUCUUCUGGUUCAAGGCUUCAUGGUAGGGGUGAUUGCAAAUAAGUAAUAAAUCCAAUGGACAUCCCAAUCCAAAUGUGAUAUUGGGUUUUGCUUUGAUUCGGAAAGUUGGUUUUUACCCCUGUAAUCUUGAUUUUCUAAAGGGUUUUAGAGUUCAACGGAACUUUCAUGUACGGUUGUAAUUAAAUAAUAUCUUUUCAUUCUAUAAAUAAAGUUUGAAAUAUUAUGCAA